AUGAAUGAUACCAUAGCUCGAGCGUUAGCUUCCACAACUAUCGUAAUUCUUUCUUCAAUUGUUUUGUAUCAAGCAUGCCAACGAGCUUCCACUAUCUACUUGUUCGAGCUUGACACCAAAACAGUUAUAUUCGUUGAUUUUCAAUAUGCCAUAUGUUUCCCCCUGGUCUUAUCCGGAUUUCUUUUCUUAGUCUAUAUAGGAACUAAACGUGAUGUUUGUAGACGUCAACAGCUUCGGAAGCUAGUUGAAGACGUCAAAAUCAGAUCGAGGGCAGGGUCUACAGUUCCUUCUCGCAAAGUCUCUCGUACAGGAGAUACUACACGAAGAACUUCUUUUUCACUCAACGACGAACUAUUGACGGAACAAGCAAAAAGACUUACUAAAUUGUUGUCUAACAUCGAAGAACAAGAUACUGUCAAAGAUAGUACCAGAGAAAAUGAUGAUGACGAUAUUGAGGAUAAUUCGCCAACACCACCUCCUGCUCCUGUCCCACCUAGGUUCACAGUUGAUAAGGUAGAAGACGUAAUCACCAAGCUUGCCCCAACACCUGACGCAGAUAGUUCUUUGCGUUCUCGCAGCUACAGCAAUAUCAGUAGAUUGCACAGAAGACUGUUCGAAGAUAGUAGAAAAUCCUCUUUCUGCGAGAGUGAUGUGUUCCAAGAUGAUGCACCCGAUAUAUAUCGUGAAUUGGCGGAUACAAACCUGAUGAAUCUUCUUUUGAGUGCGUUCAAUAUGACAGCUCAUGUAGAUGAUGAUAGUUUCGUUGAAGUGCGACGGAGUGCACUGGAUAUUCUCGGAGAGAUUUUUGCUAUUCAUGUUCCUGUUUGGUUAUGUGCUGCCGCAGUUUACGUUGUUCUUCUCGAUAUAUUCACUGUGAAGUUUUCUGAUAUAUUCUAUCACCAUGAAGCAGUUCUUACUUAUAUCGCUUUGGGUGCAUCAUUCUCAUUUGGAUUAGUACACGAAUUAUGGGGAAAUUGGUUCACGAACAAUGUUCUUGCCUUCUCUUCUAUAUUUGUGGUGGCUUCGCGAUGUCAAUCGGUGAGCUAUCAAGUUGGUGUCGUUUUUCUGAUAGGAAUGAUCGUUUUCGAUUUGUUUUGGAUGUUUGUUAUUGAUUUAUUGAGUACGGUGGCGAGGGAAUCCAGGGCACCUCUAAUGGUUAUUAUACCCCGGAAUAGUGAAGGAGAAAAGCAAUCUCUUGCAACUUUAGACAUCAUGGUUCCUGGCAUAUUCUUGAACUUGGUUUUGAAAUACAGCUCAAUGUACGAUCCUCGUUUGUUCGAUUUUACUUUCUAUGCUGUUUUCGGUGGACUUAUGGCUACGAUGAUCAUUUCUAUUUGGAGGAGGAAGAUUACGCCGGCAAUGGUUCUGCCAGCACUUGCUGCUUUUGCCGUUUCAAUGAUCUUCACUCCUAAUCCCAAAGUGCUGUGGAGGUUUAUGAUUAAGCACUAG